AUGCACACUUGUGAAGAGGUUGGCAUUGCUGUUGAGACUGCACAGGCAUCCUUUGUAUGGGCACCUCCACUCUUGGCUGAACCUCUUGAUGCAGAUGACCUGCUUUCUGGUCCAGAGAGUAUCUCACCUGACAACAUUGCUGCUGAAUUUGCAGCUCUCAAAGAAUUGAAGCGGACAGAAGAAGUUCAUGACAUUGACAAAGUUGAAGUGCUGGAGGGUAAUGUUUUUGAUUUUGAUGAGUUAGAUUGUGUCAAGCAAGGGAUAAUACCACAGGCUAUUCUGGAUGAGGUUGAGGUGGUCAAUUACGAUGGCGAGGAUGAUGGAUGGGACAAGGCAACUUUAAUGUCUUCAUUAGGAAUGUUGUUCACAUAG